GGCACCACGAUUUUCGUGGUGACAAUCUAAAAUCCCAGACUCAGACGCAAACUUAAACACAUCUCAUCUGCCGGCUGACGUAAAUAUACCCAAGAGCACUCCAAACACUUCAGAGCAAGCGUGGCAGCCCAGCAAAGUGGUUCAGUUUUCAAGUGUUUGCCAUUGAUAUUACGGCCCACACAUAGCAACUAGCAACUUGCAAAAGGCAACCAGCAACUUUGCAACUUUGCAACUUGCAACACAAAACAGCUCAUGCCCACGUGUCCGGUCAACAUGGCAUAUGGAUUGGAAGUCGUUUUCGUUUACGUUUUCGUGAUCCUCUGGCUGCUGCAGAUUGCGCAUACGCAGCGUGGCCCAGCCGGGCAUAUUGAGUUUUACAAUGAUUACGGCAAAAAUCAUGACGACGAAAGGCUCCACUACUCUCAUCAGUAUCACAUUUCCGAUGCGGCCAGUCAGGUGCACAUCCUGCACCGAGAGCAGCGACAGGGAGACCAUGUCUCCGGCUCCUAUGUCCACCUGGAACCCAACGGACACAUUCGUAGUGUGCACUACGAGGUGAGAGGACCGAGCCGGGGAUUCAAGGCCGUCGUUGAGCAGCGAACCGGGAACAGUCGGGUGCAUCAGGCAAUGGAAUUCCGGAAUCGGAAUCGGAAUUGGAAUCCCAGGCCACCCAGCCAACCGAUCCGGGCUCUUUCCCUUGCCGAGCCUGUGGCAUUUGUGAUUUAAGACAUCCAGCGGCGUGAAACCGGCCCGAAAAUAUAAACAACAGACGACAGGCGAAUUAUUUGUCUUGUUUCACGCAGCAGUAAAUUGCAAAAUGUUUAAUUGUCUUUCAAUGACUUCGUUGACUUGUUAAGUGGAUUUCUAAUUUGAAAUUUAAAUUGAUUUUGGCCGGGGGCUCAUAAAAUGUAAGCGAACAAUUUUAUUAAACUUAAAAUGUAAAUAUUUCGGGGCUAUAUAUCAGCGCAAAGCGGAGGAAUGAAUGAAUAAAAUUAUUUUCCC